CCCGCCCACAGACAAGCUGCGUCUGAAUGUUGCCUGUUGCUUGUGUCACGUCCAUUGACGAGUGUGCGUGCGUGCGUGCGUGUGCGUGUGUGCGCAGCAUGCUGCUAAGAGUACCGGUGUGGCGAGCACAGUGAUCAGUUGCUCCCAACGAGGAGGACGCAGAUGGACAGCUUAGUGCAGCCUCUCGUCGCCCAGUACCUCGCCAUGGGCUGUCAAUCAAAAGACAACAACAAAAGUGAAAGUAUGACCGCGGACGACAAGGGGAAAGACGAUGCGAGAGGGACACCAGGAUCCGGCCCCAGGUCGAGAGUUUCCCCUCCAGGACGUCCUAAAAAAUUCCACAAGCCAGGUCAGGUCCAGACCCCCAUGGGGAAACCCACAGUGUCAAUAGGCCAUCUCGCCAAAGGAGCCAGCUGGGAGGAGCUGAUCCAGGCUUGUUUGCAGGCCUUUGAUUCAGACGGUUACACAAGUGAGCGCAGCCACUUGUUGAACAUCACACUGACCAUGCAUCGCCUUCUCAUCUCCUCCAGCGACCUCCUGGAAAAACUCACCGAUCUGUUUAAAAGUGCCGUGGAGAACGAGCAGCCGGCAGAGUGCCAGAGAAUUUGCUACUUCAUCAGGCAUUGGAUUCAGGAAUUCUGGAUGAUGUUCCGAUUGCACCACAGCUUGUCAGACAGCUUGGACCAGCUCCGAGAUCUAAUCAGGGAGCAGGGACAGGAGCAUCUCUGCUCUCUUCUCGAGACCAAAUGGAUAAACGAGCGAGACUGGUCGUGGAAGGCCAGCCAGAAGAUUAAAGCCAACAGCAGUAAAAAGAGGAAGGUAUCUCUUCUCUUCGACCACCUGGAGCCCAUUGAACUGGCUGAGCAUCUCACCUUCCUGGAGUUUAAAUCAUUUUGCAGGAUUUCCUUUAUAGACUACCAGAAUUACAUCCGCAACUGUUGCAUGAAGGACAUCCCAGUGAUGGAACGUUCCAUUGCUCUGUGCAACGGGGUCUCCCAGUGGGUUCAACUAAUGGUGCUGAGCAGGCCGACGGCUCAGCUUCGAGCCGAAGUUUUCACAAAGUUCAUCCACGUGGCCAAGGGUUUACACCUCAUGCACAACUACAACACGCUAAUGGCGGUGGUGGGAGGGCUUUGUCACAGCUCCAUAUCCAGACUGAAGGACACCACCUCUCAUGUACCCAAUGAGGUCAUCAAGGUGUUAAACGAAAUGACAGAUCUGCUCUCGUCGUGCCGAAACUUUGAUAACUACAGACAAGCAUACAACAAGUGUACCGGUUUUAAAAUCCCCAUCCUGGGCGUGCACCUCAAAGACCUGAUUUCAGUGAACGAGGCCAUGCCCAACUAUGUGGAAGACAAUAAAGUGAACGUGCAGAAGCUGCAGGCGCUCUACAGUCAUAUCAAUGAGCUGAUGCAGCUCCAGCAGAUCCCACCCAGGCUGGACGCCAACAAGGACUUGGUCCAUCUCCUCACGCUGUCCUUGGACCUUUACUAUACCGAAGAUGAUAUCUACGAACUGUCUUACGCCCGGGAGCCCAAGAACUGUAAAGCCACUCCAACCACCCCUUCUAGACUUCCAGUAGUUGUCGACUGGGUAUCCGGAGUGACUCCAAAACCGGAUCCUCGAACUAUUAGCAAACAUGUGCAGAGAAUGGUGGACUCCGUGUUUAAGAACUACGAUCACGACGAGAACGGCUUCAUUUCUCAAGAGGACUUUGAGAAAAUUGCAGCCAGUUUCCCCUUUUCUUUCUGUGUCAUGGACAAAGACAAGGAAGGACUUGUCAACAGAGAUGAAAUCACAGCUUAUUUCAUGCGGGCCAGUGUCAUCUGCUCCAAACUGGGCUUAGGCUUUGUUCAUAACUUUCAGGAAACCACUUACAUGAAGCCUACCUUUUGCGACAACUGCUCGGGACUCCUGUGGGGUGUCAUCAAGCAAGGCUACAAAUGCAAAGACUGCGGGAUGAACUGCCACAAGUUGUGUAAGGACCAGGUGGCCUUUGAGUGCAAGAAGAACACCAAAAUGAACAACAAUAUCACCGACAGUCCCACGCCUAGCUCCACGCCUGUUACCACGGGAACCUCGGAGGGUUCAGACGAGUUUCCUUUCCAAUACCCGCCUGAUGACAACAAAGACUGGAGUCCAGACUCUCCAGUUACCUCCCAUUUGAGGCAAAACCGGGUCCACAGCGCCACUCAGACCGAGGGUCCGCCGCUGUCCCCCGAUGCCACUAGCCCUCAUCCCUCUUUUCUGGGCCCGGUGGCAUUAUCUCCCUCAAUGUGUCACAGCCCGCUGCUGCAGAGGAAACAGCGCCAUUGCGCCAAAUGGGAGAACCGAAAUUCUGUUGUACAGAAACCCCGAGAGCCAGAAGAAGACAACAAAUCCAUCACUGAAGCCUUGCAAUCAGAGAACGACAGGCUCCAAAAAGCCAACGAGACACUACACAGUAAGUUGAAGGACUCCGAGCAGGAAGUGGAAAUGUUAAAGACACUGUUGAAGAGGCACGCGCUCUAUCCUGUGGAGGAGGAAAAAUCCUUCUAAACACGUCAAGGACAUACGGUAUCAUCAGACCAGCUUUUUAACAUUUAACAUAGAGUGUAAUAAAGCACAGUCAGAGUAUUACUGUAUUUUGUUUUUAAAUUAAACAUCACUGCAGAAUGAGGUUAAUUAUAGAAAUUAAAAAAAAAAUCACUGUAAUGCAGAGUGCACAGGAAGCUGUUUGCAGAGUGAUAGUGUCACCUAGUGCUGGUUGCCUGAAUUAAAGCUUUCUCACCAAAGCAACAGAACAGUAUUAACUGUUCAUUUGGGGAAUAAUGUGCUUUAAAAAAAACAAAAUUUGUAUUUUUAUUCAGUGAGUGGCGGUUUAAAUGCUGCUGGAACACAGUGCAUGCCUGUCUAUAAAAUGUUAUUUUGCUAAUAAACGACAAUCCUGCCUGGCGAGGUGAAAUGGAGUAGAGGAAAAACUAAGUGCCAUAAAAAAAAAAGGUGUUCAAUCAGAUUUGGGCAGCAACAUGCUUGCGAAAUAUGUACAGUAUCA